ACAACUGGCUGGAUAGCAGAUCCCGCCGCUAUUCCAUUAUCGCAGCUAAUAACGGUACAUCUUGCAACAAAAACACCAACACAAGGCUCUUUGCUAAUCGUUCUCGCCGUUUUAAAAUACUACUGCGUAUCACCACUAGAUAGCUAGCGCCACUCCUUAUAUCAGCGGACAGAGAAGAAGAUUGCAUUGGGUAUUAUAUACCUCUUGGGAUCUUCCUAAACUGUGACGAGGACGACGAUCAGAACAGAUCUGGAUUUAUCUAUCGGUAGCAGCUGUUGUCUCCUGGAUGCCUGGAAAAGCUCCUCUACCUCCGCUAUCUUCUCAGUCUUAUCUUUCAAUUCGAGAUGAGACGACUGUUCCAGCCCUGGGGCAGCCCGGUGGCUCUCCUGCUGAUACUAGUAAUACUGGCGAGACGAAGCGAAUCGUCAGUCUUGUGCAAUGAGACGUACAAUCCUUGCGAGGAGUUGCUCUGGAAGGGAUCCGAGUGCCGACAAGGCGUGUGUUCCAAUCCCUUUGAGAAGGGUUGUCUGGUGGGUAUGGCAUCGACUCUUCAAGACGAGGAAAAGAAAGAAAUGCUGUAUUCCUUUUUGAACAAGUACAAUCCGUCUCAAAUACGAGUCUGUAGUAGUGACGACCCUCCUACAGCAUCCGCGCAAGGUCUCUGCGUCAACCAUUCCACUUCGUCUACCGAUCGACGACAACAAGACGAACUCUACGCCGACUACAAGGAAGUUCGAAUUCUCAGUCAAAACUGGGAGUCUGCCUAUUUCAGUGCCUGGAUUAUGCAAAUCAUACUCAGUGAACUCUUGCAUGUCCCAACUACUAUUGAAUCCCUGACGCGCAACCACAGUCUGCACAACAACUUUUACGAUCCUUUGUCUCGACUCGAGUACGGAGAUACCGACAUUUGGAGUGCCCUCAAACGGGCCAAUCAACUCGAAGCAUCGGAUUGUACACUAGUACAACAAAGGGACGAUGACGAUGAAGAAUACCAGAGCUGCGGUAAUGUCGUCAUGGAAUCUUGGUACGGCGUCACGGAAGAAACACAACGGCAUUUGGAGCAAGGUACCAUUGAAAACUUGGUGCCCUUGGGGGCCAUUGGACAACAGGCGCUCUUUGUCACAAAAUUCACCGCGGAAGCAGAUCCAACGAUACUCAAUCUACAUGGCAUUCAAGGAGAUGCCAAUCGACACAAGUUGGCGGCCACCUUUAAGCGGCCCACUACGUGGAGGGAUUACUGCGAAUUGGUGUCGCCCUCCAACUGCACCGACCCCGAUGACACUGUUGCGCAACGACCCCCGCUCGAUGAAUUCGAAUACGAUCGAAUGCACGUACCGGACAUGUACACGGGCCACUUUCGCGACACGGACGACAACAAUUGCACCCUCCAUCCAGACACGUGCACCGGACACAUUGCCGAUUUCCCCUGUGGAUGGACCAGCUAUGUCAUUCCACAAAUGUAUCACAACAAGAUUGCCCUGCGCAGUGAAGGAAAGGAACAAAGCAAGGGAUACACCUAUCAACAAUUGAGUGACAUGUGGGCUGCGGCUAAUGCCACCAAUUCCAAUCUCGUGGGGAUCUGGUGGACGCCCGAAGCGAUUCAUUCCACCUAUCUCGGAUCCAGAGCCGAGAUGCAGAGAAUUUCACUCACUUGGCCAACCCAACAAUGCCAAGAGAAGCGCAUUGCCAAUGAGGACCGAUGCAAUUAUGAAACCAUCGAACAGCAAGUGGGCGUACCCGAAGGAUCGUGUGACGAAGCACCCCAAAUGCUCUACAAGAACAUUGUCAAGAACAUGCACACGGCAACUUACCAUCCUAGCAUUCCAGAAGCCAAACGCAGCCCAGCAUACGAUACCAUCAAACUCUUUAGCAUUUCCGAAUUGCAACAAAGCGAUAUCUUGCAGGCAUGGAUCAACCGGAACAUUGACAAGUGGGGCUUUGAUCUACGAAUGGCAACCUGCGAGUACGUGGUGGAUAAUUUGGAUCAUAUCGAGUCGCUCAUUCCUCGCACGUAUCCACGUGUGGUCCGCGAGGGGAGUGUAUACGAAGACCCGCUCAUGAUGUCUGCACUGGCAUGGGCCACGUUGGCAACCGUGUUGACGAUUGCAUCCACAAUCAUUACAUAUGUGCGUCGGGAAUGUUACGCAAUACGCUAUGCUCAGUUGGACUUUUUAUUGCUGCUUCUUCUGGGACUCUUUUUGAUUUGUCUGGGAGCCGUUGUAACUGUCAUGGAUCCAAACGACUUUGCAUGCAGCCUUUCCCUUUGGCUGGUCGUCCUUGGCUACACAAUCCAGCUGAUCCCAGCCAUUGUCAAGGCUUCGGCAAUUCACAAGCUCAUGAAAGCGGCACAGCGACUGCAACGGCUCGACUUGCCCAAGACACAACUCUUCGGGACAGUCCUCGGUGUGACAACAGGAGUCAUCAUCUAUCUCGCAGUAUGGACAGCCAUGGAUCCCCGACAACGGAAAAACGAAUUCUUCAUCCACGAAGAAGAAGUCACAGAACAUGGGCAGACGAUUGUGACGAUGGAACCUUACUGCAGCUCCUCUGGGGCGUUUUGGAACUUUGUAGCGUUGGCUUGGUACUGCUUCAUGAUGCUAAUGGCUACUGUUCUUGCCUUCAAAUCACGCCACAUUCGAGAAGAGUUCAACGAAUCCAAGACUCUCUUCCUAAUGGUCUACGCGCACUUUUUGUUCCUGGUUCUGCUUGUGGCUUCGCUUCUGUUUGAUGGGGCUUUACCAGAAGCCUAUUUGGUUGCCAUCCGCAGCUUUAUCUACAGCACCGACUCCAUUGUCACUCUUCUCAUUUACUUCCUGCCAAAGUUCACAGCCCACAACGAACCACGCCACAUGAUGCAUCGUCAAACGUCUGCUGUCUUCCCUGGGAACCACAAUCAGAUUGGUGGUUCCUCCAGCAUCAUGAACCGGUUUUCGCCAGACCAUCGCAAUGGGUCUGGCCAACCGGGUUCAUCUAGCUUCUUCAAUGGGCAUAAUAGUGCACCACAGGAUACCUCAAGCAUUUUCAAUGCGAAUCGCCACCAACAGGAAAGGUCUCCAUCGACAGAAGAAUCUGAGGAAAAGCCCGCCAACGAUGAAGACCAAUGAUGAAGUUUAUGCCCGCAACUCUCGCGCCGGCAGAAUCGAAUCCAUAUGAACUCGACCAUAGUCUCUGUACUGGCAACCGAGUGCCGAUGCGUUGGCGACCUCACUGAACCCAACCACCCGAGAGCUGCUUGAGGAAGGCCGAUGAAGACAUGGCUUAGCUAGCCACGCAAAGCUGGCCGUUGCCCUGGAUGGAUCCGAACCGAAUUGAUGCAUCGUCCUGCCCCAGUCAAAGAGGUUUCUCCGACCUCAAGCAGCUGCAGUGCGCUUUUGGAGGGAGUGGGGGCAGGUAUCUUGCACUUCUUUUACUUCCCAACAUUUUUGCAAUUGCUUACAAUCAGAUUCAGCUAGAGAGUACCUUUUUCUAUU